GGCGACCUGUGCGUCGCCAAGCUGUACCCGCCCGACUCGUCGGGCUCGCUUCGAGGUGCGGGAGGAGGAGGCGCCAGCAGCAGCGGUCAUGGUGCGGCGGCGGCCCCGAGCGUGCGGUGCGAGGCGGGCCGAGGACUCAGCUGGCGCGUCGUGCAGACUGGCAUCCAGAACCCGGUGUACAAGAUCCUUCUCCCCAACCCGGACAUGCCGGGCGAGGACCAGCCGCUGUUCCAGGUCAGCAAGCCCAACCCGAACGCGACCUUCUGGACCUUGACCUACUUUGCCUACGCCGGCCACCUCAUCCCGCCCAAGCGCGUCGAGUUCGGCCGCAUCUCGAAGAACGGGCCCGAGCACGGCGGCGGCACGCGCCUCGCCAUCACCGGCCGCAACGACGAGGAGAAGGCGGUGUGGGCGUCGCUCGGCUCGGGCAACGAGGACGCCGUCGAGUGGCUCGUCGUGUGCGCCGCCCUCGUCGUCCUCGACGACGAGAUCGUCUUUGCCGCCGGCGCCGCAGCUGGGGGCAAGAUGCGCAUCCGUCCGCCGAGCCCGCAGAAGCGCGCC